CCUGCGGUUACCGACGAUUUUGCGAGGGUACAGUCUGAUUAGAAGCCAUGUUCAUGCUCCCUGCUUCCGCCAAUCUUCCGAUUUUGAAAUACUUUUAUUUUACCUGCCGGGAACUGUAGCCUGGUCACAGGAGUCCGCGAUGAAAAAAGGAGAGAGGUUUCGGAGAGCACAGGAAGCGCUGCUGCAAGCUUCGAGUUCCGCAUAGGAGGAUUCUAAACAUCCGUGAAUCGAAAGCAGGUGAAGUUUGCUAAUGCUACUAGCCUGCUAAUGCUAGUUAGCUAAUUCAGGCGAACCUGGCUUGUGAUUGCGGUGUGUGGACUGUCAACAACAUCUUUCCCUGCAUUUACGUAAUGUUGCUAGCUAGCUAGAUAGGUGUCUAGCUAUGGCUGGACUCGAAAACGGGAUGCGACGACGUGCCAUCUCGCCAACUACAUUGAGUUUUGAGGACUGCAAUCCGCCAGCAGCGGUUUAUUCGCCCGCUAGCUGCGGUCCCUUCCCCGAAGGCAAACUGGCGGCCCUUAGACUAGAGGCAGAGGAGAAGGAACUUGGUGCCAUGGCCUGGGUGCUGAAGAUGGACGAUGCCGCAAUCGAGUCGGGGUUGGUGCACGAUUUCGAUGCCAGUCUCUCGGGCAUCGGGCAGGAGCUAGGGGCUGGCGCAUACAGUAUGAGUGACGUGUUGGCGCUGCCCAUCUUCAAACAGGAGGACUCCAGUCUUCCUUCAGACAGCGAGAGCAGCAGUGCGAAUCCUCCCUUCCAGUACGUUCUCUGUGCGGCCACCUCCCCCGCCAUCAAACUACACGACGAGACGCUCACCUACCUGAACCAAGGCCAGUCUUAUGAGAUCCGCAUGCUGGACAACAGAAAGCUGGACGAGUUACCGGAGAUUAACAACAAGAGUGUGAAGAGCAUCGUCCGGGUGGUGUUCCAUGACAGGAGGCUCCAGUACACAGAGCACCAACAGCUGGAGGGGUGGAAGUGGAAUCGCCCUGGAGACCGUCUCCUAGACAUCGACAUCCCGAUGUCAGUGGGUAUCACAGAGGCGAAGGCCAACCCCUCCCAGCUCAACGCUGCAGAGUUCCUGUGGGACCUCAACAAAAGGGCCUCCGUGUUUGUACAGGUCCACUGCAUCAGUACGGAGUUCACCCCUAGGAAGCACGGUGGGGAAAAGGGAGUUCCCUUCAGGAUCCAGAUCGACACCUUCAAACAGGGAGAGGGGGGAGAGUUCACUGAGCACCUCCACUCUGCCUCCUGCCAAAUCAAAGUCUUUAAGCCAAAGGGGGCAGACAGGAAGCAGAAGACCGACCGAGAGAAGAUGGAGAAACGGACAUCUCAGGAGAAGGAGAAGUACCAGCCGUCUUACGACACGACCAUUCUGUCAGAGAUGAGACUGGAGCCCAUCAUAGAGGAGGCUGGUGACUAUGAGCUGAAGAAGUCCAGCAAGAGGACUCUGCCGGCUGACUGCGGAGAUUCACUGGCCAAGAGAGGCAGUUGUUCUCCGUGGCCUGAUACCUACGUCAGCCCCCCCCAGACAGCGGGCCCCUCCUUUACGUCCAGUCCUCUCUCCACAUACACCGCCUCCUCUGUACCCCAAAGUGAUUCCUCAUCACCCAAUCACCAGGCGGACCCUGUCAGCCAAAUCGUCACAGAGCUCAGUCCUACAGCUACCAUCCAGGAGGCUCAAAAGUGGCUCAUUAAGAACCGCUUCAAUACCUAUGCACGUCUCUUCUCACACUUCUCAGGUUGUGACUUACUGAAGUUGACCCGGGACGACCUAGUUCAGAUUUGUGGAGCUGCGGAUGGAAUCAGACUCUUCAACACACUCAAAUCCAGGUCCGUGCGUCCUCGGUUGACCCUCUAUGUGUGUCAGGAGUCUGAGGUUGAGAGCCCCCUACUGGAGAGACGCUGCAACAGCAAGAAUGGAGAGCACAGCGACCCACCUAACUUAUACGUGUACCACGCUCUGUACCUGGAGGAGCUGACAGCAGCGGAGUUGAUCAGGAAGAUGGCGUGUGUCUGUAGCGUUCCACUGGGCCAGAUCAACCAGGUGUACAGACAGGGGCCCUCAGGGAUACACAUACUGCUGAGUGACCAGAUGGUUUACAACUUACCUGAUGAGAGCUGCUUUCUCAUCGGCACACUCAAAGAUGAAACGGGGGAGGGGCUUCACCUGAUUUUAAAGUAGCUGUGGAGGAAGAGAGUACAACAGCAUCACUCCUCCCUCAGGGGGGAGCAGAGAGGCCUCCUUCCCUCCACAUUUACCCCUAUGGUUCAGAUGGCUGUGUGGAAGGCGGACGGACCGAGACCGAGCAGGACUGAAGCCAUGUUAAUGUUAGAAUCUGACGCGGGUGUGACCACUGUUUCAUAUUGAAAACACUAUUACUGAGGGAGAGAGGGGGUGAGGAGGGGGAGGCUUCUAUUUUGUCUUCAUUUCUGUGUUGUUUGAGGGGUGGGGCUGAGGCUGCCCCUCCCCCCCACCAGCCAGGGGCUUAUAUACAGGGGCAGUGCUAUAGGGAUUGGCCAGGGUAAGUAGAGUGUUGUGACGCUGUAACUCCAUUUGACUUGAACCUGCAAAAGGAUGGAGAGAGAGACAGAAACCUGCUGCAUGCGUCUUCUCCGCUCUGACCGAGACUAAACCACACCCACGUCCAACCAACUCAAACUGAACAGGCUGUCUAGAAUGCAACAGUCUUAUUGUGGAUGUUUUAAAACACAGUAGUCUAGAUCUGAACAUUCUAGAUCUGUUCCCAACCAUUGUAGGACCUAUGAGGAGGGGAGAUCUAGCUAAUCAGGUGAUGAUUUUGUGUAUUGUCAGGGGUGGUAGAAAAUGUCUAACAGGGCUUGUUCCUUUAUCUGGGUCUGAUACCAUAAAAUAUCACAGGCUUUUUCAGAGCAGGACAGGCAAUCUCCCCUCAAACCCUGCCUGCAUAGUCUUGUCUAAGCGUCAUGGAUACUUGUUUCCCUCUACUCAAGUCUCUUAAACCUAAUAGUUCAUAUUUACUGUUGCUUUUAUCAUUUUUAGUUUUAGUCUUUUGACAAAGACAGUUUCUUUGUUUGGCUGUCAUAAGAUAAUGUCUCUGGUGCCAUACUUUUCACUGUUUGCUGGGUCAGUAUUCUUUUUCUGACACACACACGCACACAGACGUCGUCUUUUCAAGACUAUUGGCAUGGCGAGGUGGUGUGGAGAAAACAUCUCUGUAUUAGUGAGACUGUUCAACCCUAGUCAGUGCAAGGGUGUUGUUAACAGAAUCCCCAAUCAUCUGUAUCUCUCACAACAAAAUGGACCAAACAGGGUUGGAAUGAGGUAAAUGAUGGAACCAGGUUGUGUGCCUGGAAGUGAACGCAGGGGCUUAUCCAAGGUGUGGCCUACCUUCACCCCUGACAGGUUGGGCCGGAAACCCCUUGUGUUCUUACAUACUGUCAUUGAUUCUACUGGCAGCAAGAACUGUGUGAGUGCACGUGUGUGUAUGUGUUUUUUUUCUUUUCUUUGAGCAAUUGUUUCAGAGACUAACCUAGUUUGAUAAUUUAGUAGUUGUCACUGCUUUCCCUCUUGGCAUGAACCCUUUUAGUUUACCUUUUAUUCAAGAGCAUUAGGUUGUGUGGGGGGAGGCCAGGAGAAAAUAUGAUGUUAAUUUUUUCUUUUGUUGGGGGGGGGGGGGGGGGGGUUUGUAGCCCCAGUCAUCCGUAUUUCCCCAGAAAUAAAAGACCAAGUCUGCACUGAGAACCACAAAUGUCCAACUUGAUGUAGUGUGUAGUUUGUGAAUCACACCAUUCACGGAAUCUGGGAGAAAUAAAGUGAAUAUUAAUAAUAUUUAAGUGAAACUGAACAUCAACUCCAUUGUGUCAUAUACUGCAGCAGCACCAGAGACUCAAGAGCACAAGGGGUCUGUUCAGCAGGGUGCAAUUUUACAAAACAUUUAGAUUAAAUGUAUGGUGUACAUUUGAUAUGAUCUGCCAGAUAUAAAAAGGAGUUGUGUCGGCUCUAUUCAUUCUAUUGCUGUCUGCAACGUUUCAGAACAUUUCGCGUCACUGAAUACACACCAGCAUUACAGACCUUGGUCCUCAUAAUGCUGAGAGCCUUUCACACAAAACUGUGAUCUAUAAAAUAAAUUUCUAUCAUGUGUAAUACAGAGUGAUAACUGCCUUAGUUCUACGAACCUGUGUUGUGUUGUGUUGGUGAGAAAGGCACUUUUUGUACAACCUAUAGGCCUAGUCAAGCAUGC